GAUGAUUUUGAAAUCUUUUCUACUAGGUAAUCCAGUAUCCUUAUGCAUGAAGAUAAUAAAUUCGGUCGUUAUGGUCGGACUCUAUUAUGGAUUUCUGACCACAUUCUCCAUAGGGCCCUCUUAUCUCUUCCUUCUCCGAGCUCGGGUUAUGGAAGAAGGAGAAGAAGGAACCGAGAAGAAGGUAUCAGCAACAACGGGUUUUAUUGCGGGACAGCUCAUGAUGUUCAUAUCGAUCUAUUAUGCGCCUCUGCAUCUAGCAUUGGGUAGACCUCAUACAAUAACUGUCCUAGCUCUACCGUAUCUUUUGUUUCAUUUCUUCUGGAACAAUCACAAACACUUUUUUGAUUAUGGAUCUACUACCAGAAAUUCAAUGCGUAAUCUUAGCAUUCAAUGUGUAUUCCUGAAUAAUCUCAUUUUUCAAUUAUUCAACCAUUUCAUUUUACCAAGUUCAAUGUUAGCCAGAUUAGUCAACAUUUAUAUGUUUCGAUGCAACAACAAGAUGUUAUUUGUAACAAGUAGUUUUGUUGGUUGGUUAAUUGGUCACAUUUUUUUCAUGAAAUGGGUUGAAUUGGUAUUAGUCUGGAUACAGCAAAAGAAUUCUAUUCGAUCGAAUAAGUACCUUGUGUCAGAAUUGAGAAAUUCUAUGGCUCGAAUCUUUAGUAUUCUCUUAUUUAUUACCUGUGUUUACUAUUUAGGCAGAAUACCGUCACCCAUUGUUACUAAAAAAUUCAAAGAAACCUCAGAAACGGAAGAAAGGGGGGAAAGCGAGGAAGAAACAGAUGUAGAAAUAGAAACAACUUUCGAAACGAAGGGGACGAAACAGGAACAAGAGGGAUCCACCGAAGAAGAUCCUUCUCCUUCCCUUUUUUCGGAAGAAAAGGAGGAUCCGGACAAAAUCGAUGAAAGGGAAGAGAUCCGAGUGAAUGGAAAGGAAAAAACAAGGGAUGCAUUCAACUUUCAAGAGACAUUCUAUAAAGAUAGCCAAGUUUAUAAAACUUCUUAUAUGGAUAGGAAAAAAAAGAAAGAGAAUUCGAAGUUAGAAAUAUUUAAAGAAGAACCAUUUUUAUUAUGGUUUGAAAAAAUAAGAAAGGUAUUUAUU